AUGACAUUUCAUUAAUUUGAAUUUGCCGCGCUUCGCGCUUGUUCGUGGUUUUAUAGGUUAUCUGUGGAAACCAUUAUAACAAUCUGAAAAUAGCUUGUAGUUUUCUAGAGGAUAAUUUAACAUUAAAAAUAAUAAACGAGGAGGCGAUAGUAAACUUUAAAUGUCGUUUCUUUGUAUUUUCAGAGAAACAAUUUGUGGUUUAUUUUGAAAAUCCUCAAUAAUAUAUCUUAUAAAACGACAUUUUCGUUUACGAAAGAAGAUGGACCGGUUACAAUUUGAGUUUACGAUGAUAGCUUCAAAUGAUGGCAAAUCUAAUACAUUAGCCAUAACCUCAAUAUCUACAGAAGAAGGAAAAUGUUAUGUUUUACCUGAUGAACUGAAGCCGGUAAUUCAUCAUAAAUACAUUAUUAAAUUGAACACUUUCUCAAAAAUAAAAAAUAGCAUAAAAAAAAGAUAUCAAACUAGAAAAAUCUGGAUAAAACUGGAUGAAGAUUUGAAGAAAACAUAUGUAGACGAGGAAGGUAAUAUGCAAUUUUUAGAUCAAUACUUAGAAGAAAUGAGCACAAAACAAGCAAGGGACCAUGAUGACAGUUUGCAUCAGAUCUUAGAAAAACUAAUUGAAUCUACAUCUAAGAAAGAAACCCAACAUAAUCUAAAACAUGUUUCUGAGAAAUUUAUUAUUGAAAAAUUCACAAGCAAGAAUCCUAAUGCAGUGCAGUGGAUAGAGAAUUUUGAAAAAGAGUGUGAACGCUUUAAUUUAACAAAAGAUGAAACAAGAAUAGAUAUUUUGAGGUUAUUUUUAGAAAAAUCUUGUUUGGACUGGUACAGCUCAAUGGUCAUCAAACUAACAGUAAAUUCUGAAUGGAGUGAAUGGAAAGAUAAAUUUUUAGAAACUUUUCAAAACCGAGGAUGGGACAUGGUCACAACUGCAUUCGCAUUCAAAUAUAAAGAAGGACUGUUAAUUGAUUAUGCUACUAAAAAAGAACGGCUCCUACUAGAUGUCAAUAGAUCAAUGGAUCCCAAAACAAUGACAGAUCUUAUUGCAACAGGUUUACCUGGGUUUAUCUUAAACAAGUUGAACAGAGACGAACUCAACAACACUACUGCUUUGUUCAAUGAGAUAAGAAAAUAUGAAGGUAUGAUGUUCAAAAGAAACUCAACGUUAGUAAAGAAUAGUACAUUUCCUUAUAAAAAUAAAACUAACGAGAAGAAGCCAUGCAAGACGUGUGAGUCUCUGGAGAAAGGAAUUAGAUAUCAUCCGGAAGAAUCAUGUUGGUUCAAGAAAAAUAAAAAUGAAUCUGAAAAGGUCAUUAAAGUUAAAAAUGUUAAUAAUAAUUCCAUUAUUGAAGUAGAUAUGAAUACGGAGAAAAAAAACGAGUAAGCACACCAUUAAUCAAAGUUAAGCUUUUAUUAGAAAAUAAAUUAGAAGUGAGCGGCAUUUAUGAUUCAGGCUCACAGAUCUCUUUAAUAAAUUCAAGACUGAUUAAAGUCAAAGAAAAAAAAGACAAUGUGAAUAUUGUUUAUAUAAAAACGGUUAAUGGUGUGAAGAAGACAGAUGGCUUGAUAACAAUAAAAAUAAAAAUAUUUGAUUUAGAAAAAGAGGUGGAUGUAUACAUAAUAGAAAACGAACAUUUUGAUGAUUUUAUAAUUGGAUUAGACUUGAUAAGGAAAUUCGGAUUAGUUCAAAAUGAGAACUAAAAGAUAGAACAAAAGAAAACAAUCAAUAAAAUAGACAGUAUGUCUAAAGAUAACAGAAAUGAAGAUGAGAAUAUAAAAACAUAUGCAAUAAAUUUCAAUGAACACAUGGAAACAGAGGAAUUCAUUAGUAAGACUGAGCAUUUAGAUAAUGAAAAGAAAAUUCAGAUAGAAGACAUUAUAAAGGAAUAUAAAACAAUUUUUGCUAAGGACAAGUAUGAUAUAGGAUCAGUUAAAGAUUAUGAAGCCCACAUAGAUUUACUAGUAAAUCGAUACUGUAGUAGAAGACCAUACAGAUGCACAAUAGAAGAUAAAUUAGAAAUUGAAGAGCAAAUAUCCAUGUUACUUAAGAAUAAUUUAAUCGAAGAAUCUUACAGUCCUUUUGCUGCUCCAGUUACAUUGGCAUUUAAAAAAGGUGAAAAUAGGAAAUCCCGCCUGUGUAUAGAUUUCAGAGAACUAAAUAAAAUUGUUGUGCCACAAGCUCAACCUUUUCCACUGAUAGAUGAUCUGAUUAUUAAAACUAGAAACUGUAGGUAUUUUACUACACUAGAUAUCAACUCGGCAUUUUGGGCCAUACCACUACGGGUAGAAGAUAGAAGCAAAACAGGAUUUGUCACACAGGAUGGGCACUUUCAGUGGACCUGUCUUCCCUUUGGUCUCAAAA